AUGACACGCGGUAACCAACGUGAUAACGAUCGGGCCAAGGCCCUGAAGAAGGCGGGCAACACGAAGAACAAGAACACCCAGUCCGGUAGCGAAUUUGCCAGGAGCAAGGAUGAUGCUGCUGCCAUCAUGCGCGAGAAGCAGAGGAAGGCGGACGAAAAGAAAGCCGCCGAGGCUGCAGCAGGAGGAGGCAAAAAAAAUAAUACGCCUUAA